GAAAUCCUCUUUAAAAGCCGCUCCAACUGAACGCAACGCUAAAUGCUUUUAUUAAGUUCUAGAAAGGCUCUGUAGAGCUGCUUUCUUCCUUGGGCUGCAAAGCACUCAUCCGAGCGGGCCGGCUUUGUUCCCUGAGCUGGUGCUGGUAAUUGUAGAGCAGAGAUUCCUCUCUGAGGUGCGGUGACAAAAAAAUAGAGAAGAUGAGGGAAAAAAAUCACCUCGGGGGAUGCUGAAGGAGCGAGCUGUGCGGGGAGGAGCGUUCCUUCUGCCCCUGUGCCACCAACCUGCUGCAUCCGACUCCUUUGGGUGCAGAACCUUCGCUGUCCCUCAGUUACAGUACUUGGCUAUGGAAGGUGGUGGUGCUCCUGGACAGCCCUGCGAGCUUUGGUGCAGGGAAACAAACCUUCCAGAGGUGUCAUAACUCCUGCACCGGGUUCCUUCUAGCACAAACAAGAUGCCAAGCUCCCCAGGCUGGAGGAGUAUGGGGAAAGCCACCGUGUCAGCAGGGCUCUGCACUCUGCCUUGGGAGGGCUGCAGGAAUGCAAAGCUGCCUUCAAAAGAAGGAUAAUGCGUUGUCUCUUCUUUCCCAUCAAUUACAGUUUGGGGGCUGGAAUGUCUUCCCCUGAUUUUACUGCCUUUAUGGUAUGGAACCUGCACGAACGCUAGCUCUGCCGUCCUUCUGUCUGCCUCAGUGGCUACAGGAAUCCUCUGCAGAGCAACAGCAUCCCCAGCCCCUUAACAAAGAGUAAAGCAAAGAGGGGAGAGGGUCUGCUGGGUGCUUGCAGAGCAUGGGUGCUGCUGCUCUGCAUCUGUGCCUUUCCCACCUUACUGUUCCCUCCAGCUCCUUGCUCCUGCCACAGCCACAGGUGGAUUCCUCCCUGGGAUGGAAGUGGGACCUGAAUCUGUGUGCUUGGGUGGGAGCUGCAGGUGCUGCCGUGAUGCAUCCUCACACCAUGCUUGUGCAGGAAGCACUCCCAGUGCCAUGGUGCUAAUUGGUUGGGAACAUCCCCGCCUGACGCUGUUCUCAAAGGUGUAGAAAAUGUUGCUGACCUCCCCGGCAGCGCUGGGAGGUGGGGAGCUCUGCAAGGACAGGGGCUUCUGCAGAGUCUUUAUUAAGAAACCUCAUUCACAGGGAAUGUUCUGGCUCGGGGAAAGGCUAAGACCAUCAUUAGCACUGUCUCAUCAGGCAAACUGAGGCUGUUUCACAGCAGGGGUGUUAUUAAUACAGCACAUUAAUACCCCAACCCUGCUGGUCCAAGGAACGCCCCGAUCCAGCUGGUUUCACAAGGCUGCCGUGUUAAUUUGAUAGCUCUUCUCGACCGUCCCGUUCUGUUUCCUUUGCCCCCACCAGGUCUAAAUUGGGGCUUUUGGGGAUAUGUCACGCUGGGGCACCCUGCCAUCACCGGGGUGUGCACGAGGCCAGGCUGCUCCCAGCCCACUGCAGGCGGUGGUUUUGCGGUGGCACGUCCCCCCACCCCCGCCUUCACGCUCUCCCAUAUCCUCUGCUUGCAGACACCGGGCCGAGGAGCUGCACGGGGUGAGACUGCAGCACAGCAUGACCCACACUGCGACAUCCCCACGCUGCUGACCCGGAGCCUUCGCCGAGCAGCAUGGUGGGGCAGAGCGAGGGCAGGAGGGCGGUGCUCCUGGAGCCCUUCGUGCACCAGGUGGGCGGCCACAUGAGCAUGAUGAAGUACGACGAGCACACGGUCUGCAAACCUCUGGUCUCGCAGGAGCUGAGCUUCUACGAGUCGCUGCCCUUGGCCAUGAGGCAGUUCACCCCCCAGUAUAAAGGAGUCAUUUCAGUGCACCUCAAGAAGGACAGCCUUGGCAACCUGACCCUGCUCGCCAGCCCCAGCCUGCAGCCCGAGGGCUGCGGCCGCCUGGACAACGCCGCCAGCGACAUAUGGCACAAGUACAAGUGGGCUGCCAGCACCAGCAGCAGCACCGAGCUCGUCAAGCGGUGCCACACGCAGCUCACCAAGACCUUCAAGGACAGCUGCCCGGGCAAGGUGCGAUUGAGGACAGACCUUCAGUACUGCACAGAUUCACUUUUGGAAGAUGCAAACAGAAACCAGACAGAAAAAAACAGCUACAACCCCUGGGGACUGCACUGUCACAGACAGCACCUGAACCGCAUGUCCUCCAAGUAUAACGAGAACAAACUUCACCAGUUUCUAUUGCUCGAAAACGUGGUAUCGAAAUACAACUACCCCUGCAUCCUGGACUUGAAGAUGGGAACCCGGCAGCACGGAGACGAUGCCUCAGAGGAGAAGAAAGCACGACACAUCAAGAAGUGUGAACAAAGCACCUCCGCGUCGCUGGGCGUCCGCAUCUGUGGGAUGCAGGUUUACCAAGCAGAUGCUGGCCAUUUUCUCUGCAAGGAUAAAUAUUAUGGAAGGAAACUCUCACCCGAGGGAUUCAGGCAAACCCUGCACCAGUUCCUGUGCAAUGGUAACCAUCUCAGAACCGAUGUCCUGGAGCCCAUCAUCCUGAAGCUAAAAGCUCUGCUCUCUGUCAUUAAGAAGCAAAGCUCUUACAGGUUCUACUCCAGCUCACUUCUCAUCAUUUAUGACGGACUGGAGCACAAGGAGAACAUGGUGCCUUUGGAUAAUCACCUUCAGGGGCACUUCCAAAAAACAAACUGCACCACGUCACACUCCAGAGUCGACGUCCGCAUGAUAGACUUUGCCCACACCACUUUUAAAGGCUCCAAAUGCAAUCACACCACUUACGACGGGCCAGACCACGGCUAUAUUUUUGGCUUAGAGAACCUCAUCAAAAUCCUUCAGAACAUUUCAGAAGGAAAAUGACAAAUUCUGUGAGGUAGCCUGGGUUUACUAGUGACCGAUAUCCCUGAGAAGUACUGCAUCGGGUCCGUUGUACAGGACCCUCCCAGCUGCAGACUGUCACGUGCACGGUUUGGAAUGAGAGCACGGACAGCUUGCUAGGAAAGUGCAAAAACUGCUACGUGCCAUUACUGAACUCAACCGUAAAAAGCAAAGAGCUGAAAGAAUCUGUUCUGUCUGCAAUCAAUCAGAAGAUUUAUUUUCCUUUCUUGUUUUACUGCUGUCCUUGAUUUAUUUGUAAGCCAAAAGAAAGCAUUACUUGAAAGAGUCUUAAUGAUAAAAUAGGACCUGCUCACCUCCACCACGCUCACAAAGCCAAGCGAGCUGAGAAGAUAUUGUGCAUUUAAGUGAGACUAUUAAAAUGAGCUGGCAGGUCUUAACAGAUUGCAGCAUUACUUUCAGCUCAUACUCAGUGCUAUAGGCUGAACACAAAGACAGAAGCGGAAGAAAAAUGCACACCCUGACAUUCACGCUCCACCUGCCCAGUGCUGUUCUUGCAAGGAUUUCUCCAUACAGCGCAGGUGCAUGGUGCUUUGUUAAAACCCAAACGUACCAGAUGCUGCAGAGCUCCUGGUUCCAUACUGCUGAAGGUGUAAAAGCAGUCAGAUCUCAGACCAAAAAGUGGACCUUGCGAAGGUUUAAUACCCCUGUGGGACAUAACAGAGUAUGUUUCCAGAACUUUCUAAGCAAGAAGCUCCUCAGGGGCUGAAGUAUGAUGAUUCUGUCAGAUACUGGUCAACAUUCACAUCAAGUUAUUUAUGCUUCGAAUUCAAGAAAAAAAAUGUCAGGGACUGGAUGUUAAAGGCCACCUAAAAAUUCUUUGAUACAAAUAUUAUGUGUGUGUUUGGAGGAAACGGUAACAAAAAAAAAAAAAACCCUGAUACAAUGUUUACAGCUUUUGUUGACAGACUUUAUUAUGGAACAAACAUAAUUCCUUCCUGCAUGGUGUGGGAAACUUGAAAGGGAAGUCCUUACACAAGGAACAGGGGUACAGAACCCAGUUACUGGGGAGUGGGGAUACAAAUAAAGUUGUCUAAGCAACUCUCA